AUGGCAGCCGCGUCGUUUGAGUUUGUGCAGGGAAGUGAGCGUCUGGACUGGGGUGUGCUUGUUGCCAUUGAUCUGCAGCGACUCAUGAAGGACACAAAUGUGGACACCCUGCAGCGUAUUGUGGAAAAUAUUGCCUUUGCUCGUGUCACACGUGAUGAGGCGGCGAUGUUCACCCCGGAGCACAUUCUACACCUCUUCACGCUGUGUCAGUUAGUGAUUCAGUACCUGGUGUGCUCGCAGGAGUGCCUUGCGAAGAUCAACGUAAAGCUGACAGAGCGUCUGCAGGAGAUGCAGCACCGUCGUGACUCGGCAGAAGCGGAGCGGGAGAAGCUGCACGAAGAGAAUGUCAUAUUACGCAAAGAGGUGAAGGCGCAGAGACGUACACUCCUGGCGUAUGAGUACGCCAAUAGUGCGGGUGGUGGUGUUGGAAUGACAGCACUGGGAGGAGGGCAGCCGUAUAUUUGCCCGCAGUGCGGUGACGCUUACACAAAGAAAGAAUCUCUGCAAUCGCAUGUACGCAAGCGACAUGCGGGGGUGAAGAAUGGAGCAUCACCCCAAUCACAGCCACAGGAAGUUGAGAAGACCGCGUACGAGGCACAGCUGUUGCAGCAGCGACAACUCCAAGAGAAGGUGGAGAAGCUGGAGAAGCUCCUGGAGAAGGAAAAGGAGCGUAACGACCGGAUUCAGCAUGACAGCAUGAUGAUGCUGAUGCAGGCUGCCAUGGGAGCGGCACAGACAAAGACGCCCUCUCCAUCGCCAAUGCCACCACCAGCAACAGCGGCAGAGGCAGCAGCACCAACAACAACACAAAAACAACAAACUCAAGAAACGUUGGAGCGGUCGCCGCAGUUUCAUGCACCGCCACUGCAGGUGCCACCUGAAGUCUCCGCCAUUCCCGUGAUGCCAGACAUUGCCGCUCUUCAGCGGUACAACAUGACGCGGCAGCAAGAGGCAGCGAACAACGCCCUGCUGCGGAAGGUAUCUGAAUUGGAAGCACUUAUAUGCGAUCUGAAGAGUACAAAAAAAGACACAGCGGAGGCACGCGCCGCUCCCGUCCCCGAACCCGCCCGCACAACCGUUACGGCCACACCACCGAUGGAAGUGUCGUCUCGGCCGCCACCACCACCACCACCAUCGACACAAACAAAACAAAAAGAACAACAACAGUCAUCGACAUUGAAAUCGCACAAUCCAUCAUGGCUCACCGCGCCGGGUAUAUCCCCGGCAGGUAAAACGCACACUGCAGAGCGAGGGGAGGAGAAAACUGCAGCCGAGAAGGCAGCGGCCUCAAAUGUGACGCCGGCCGCGGUGCCCACUGCGGCAAAGGUUUCCGUUCCAUCAUCACCAUCAUCGUCAACAUCAGUGAAGCAGCGUCAGGCUUCGCCGCCCCCAGCCUCCACAUCCGCCGUCAGCGCUCCUGUGAUUGCACCGCCACCAUUAGAGCAAAAACAGCAACAGCAACAGAAGACGGAAAAAGAGGACAUUAAAUCGACGCAAUUGACGCCACUGCCUGUUCCAGUUCCGGUCCCUCUGCCUGUUUUAGAGGCGGCUCCAAAGCCUUCGGGAAUGAUCCAUGCAACUCCUCCUUACGUCAGUAACUCUUACACCUCCCUUAGCACGAACGCACAGUUGAAUACACCUUCGGUUACUUCACCCUCGCUGAACUUGGGUUCUGUGUCUGCAGACAAGGCAACUACAAUGACGAGUGAAAUGUUACUGGCAAAGUACGGGCCUCCCGGUCCGGCUAUCGUUCCGCAAAAUCUCGCCAAGCAAUCACUGCCUUCUCCCACAAACCCUGUAACAAAAUCCGCACCAACGCCUUCUCCUGCCUGGCUACAUUCAAGCACCCAUCCGGAUGAUGGCAAAAAGGAGGCUUUGAUAAGCGUGGCAAAUGCACCGUCUUCAAGUGUCAACGCAGCGUCAACCGCACUGGGAACAAGUGUCUCCACGCCCUCGAUUGUGUCACGGUCGGAAUCAGGACAUCCGCCACCGUUAUCGUCAUAUCCGAGCGUUCCAGUGGCAGUUCCGGUGGAUUUUCCGCGCGCAUCACAACAACAAGCGCCACCUCCCACAACAAUAGGCCUAGAACCCCGGCUCAGUGGACCUCCAUAUACGCCCCCUCCACCGGCUGUGCCUGUGGGCCCAUCAUACAGCAGUGGGGUGGUGUUGGCUGCGACGGGAGUUCCCCACGCGGCAUUACCGGUUGUGAAGCGGGUGAAACCGAGCAGAAGUAGCGGGAGCUCCUCUUUUGAGGGAAGUACAUCUUCAAGUAGCUCGUAA